UUUCAAUCAGGCACCGCUGCAGACAGCUCCGCUCCGCUUGUUGGGUCCUUUUUGCAGUGGCUGGGAUUAGCCAUUAGCUGCUAACAUGCCGACUGUCGGAAUUAAAAGAGACUUUCUCUUCAAAGCUUUGGGAAAAACAUACACUGAUGAAGAAUUUGAAGAGUUGUGCUUUGAGUUUGGCUUGGAGCUGGAUGAGGUGACCUCGGAGAAGGAGAUAAUCAGCAGGGAGCAGGGAGACUCCAAGGCUGCUGACGCAUCCGAUGUCAUUCUCUACAAGAUCGACGUUCCUGCUAACCGCUACGACCUGCUGUGUCUGGAGGGCCUCGUCCGCGGUCUGCAGGUCUUCAAGAAUAAGCUGGAGGCUCCUAGAUACAGGCGCCUGAGCCCAGACAGCGGCGAGCCGCAGCGGCUGAUCAUCACUAAAGAGACGGCAGCAGUGAGACCUCACGCCGUGGCCGCCGUGCUGAGGAACAUCACUUUCACUCAGGAGCGCUACGACAGUUUCAUUGAGCUGCAGGAGAAGCUGCAUCAGAACAUCUGCAGGAAGAGGAGCCUGGUGGCCAUCGGCACUCAUGACUUGGACACCAUCUGUGGCCCGUUCACCUACACAGCCAAAGCUCCCGGAGACAUCAGCUUCAGGCCCCUGAACCAGACCAAAGAGUUCACCGCCACCCAACUCAUGAGCCUCUACAAGACCGACAGCCACCUCAGGCAUUAUCUCCCUAUUAUCGAAGACAAGCCCGUCUAUCCAGUCAUCUACGACAGCAACGGGGUCGUCCUGUCUAUGCCUCCUAUAAUCAACGGGGAUCAUUCCAGAAUCAGCUUACAGACCAAGAACAUCUUCAUCGAGUGCACGGCCACAGAUCUCACCAAGGCAAAGAUCGUGUUGGACAUAAUAGUGACCAUGUUCAGCGAGUACUGUGCGAAACCGUUCACGGUGGAGCAGGCGGAGGUGGUUUACCCGGAUGGACAGAUCUUCACCUACCCCGAACUGACUUACAGGAAGGAGAAGCUUUCUGGAGAGUUCAUCAACAGAAAAGUCGGCAUCAGCGAGUCAGCGGAGCAAAUCUGUCAGCUCCUGACCCGGAUGUGCCUCCUCUCCCAUCCCCUCGGCGAAGAGAUCGAGGUGGAGAUCCCGCCCACACGCCCCGACAUCAUCCACGCCUGUGACAUCAUGGAGGACGCCGCCAUCGCCUACGGUUUUAACAACGUCCCCCGCACGACGCCUCGCACCUACACCGUGGCCAACCAGUUUCCUCUGAACAAACUGACUGAGCUGCUGAGACACGACAUGGCAGCCGCUGGAUUCACCGAGGCUCUAAACUUUGCUCUGUGUUCGCAAGAGGAUAUCGCAGAAAAGCUUGGAAAGAAGAUCUCAGACGUCAAAGCCGUUCAUAUUUCCAACCCCAAGACGGCCGAUUUCCAGGUGGCGCGCACCACUCUGCUGCCUGGCCUGCUGAAAACCAUCACCGCCAACAGGAAGAUGCCGCUUCCUCUCAAACUGUUUGAGAUUUCUGAUGUGGUGCUGAAGGAUGAGAGCAAAGAAGUUGGAGCGAAGAACAAUCGCCGUUUCUGCGCCGUUUAUUACAAUAAAGCUCCGGGCUUCGAGGUGAUCCACGGCCUGCUGGACCGGACCAUGCAGCUGCUGGAGGUGGAGGCGGCGCGUGGAGAUGGAUACCACAUCCAGGCUGCAGACGAUUCAACCUUCUUUCCGGGUCGCUGUGCUGAGAUCUAUCUCCGAGGGAAGAGCGUAGGACGGCUGGGAGUCCUUCACCCUGACGUCAUAGGCCGCUUCGAGCUCACGCUGCCCUGCUCAGCGCUGGAGAUGGACAUCGAGCCUUUCCUUGGCCGCACGGCUGAAGCCCCCCUCACACAUGACGUUCCCAUGCAGGAAACCGCCAAGCACCAGUUCCCGGCACACCGCCACCCCCAGCCCGCUCUGCCAUCCCGCCCGCCUACCACUAAAACUGUAUUUGGAGACAUGAGCUCACAGGCAGGCCUCAAAGCGCUCGAUGAGUUCCUGGCCGACAGAAGCUACAUCGAGGGUUUCACUGCGUCCCAGGCUGACGCCGCUGUGUUCGAUGCCAUCCCCUCGCCUCCCCCGCAGGCCUUCGUCCACCUCCGGCGCUGGUACAGCCACAUCAAGUCCUUCCAGACAGAGAGGGCGCUUCUUCCGUCCGCCAAGAGUGAGUUUGUUCUCCCGCCCGCUCCCUCCGCCUCCAGUGAAGAUGACAUCGACCUUUUUGGAUCCGACGACGAGGAAGAGAGCGCCGAGGCGGCCAGAAUCCGGGAGCAGCGCCUCGCCGCGUACGCCUCCAAGAAGCCGGCGCUCGUGGCCAAGUCCUCCAUCCUGCUGGAUGUCAAGCCCUGGGAUGAUGAGACGGACAUGGCCAAGCUGGAGGAGUGCGUGCGCAGCGUGGCCAUGGAGGGCCUGCUGUGGGGGCGGUCCAAGCUGGUGCCAGUGGGCUACGGCAUCAAGAAGCUGCAGAUCGGCUGCGUGGUGGAGGACGAUAAGGUGGGAACGGACCUGCUGGAGGAAGCCAUCACCGCCUUCCAGGAAUACGUUCAGUCUGUAGACGUGGCGGCCUUCAAUAAGAUCUGAUCUGGGCAGAAUGAACUGAUUUCACUGGCUGGAAUAUGGAGCUUUGCUGAAUAAAAUCUGUAGUUUAAAGCAUCCUGA